CCCUUGUAAUUGCAAGUGAGUUGAGAUGUGAUGUAUGCAGCACCACAUGCACCUUAGCUUUUCAGUCAUAUCUUUCGAGUCAUUUAGACUCCCGGCAAUCAUGCUCAUAAUAAAUAGCAUUUUAUUACCCAAAGCCGCUAUUCUGGCACUGGAACGACAGCCACUUGGUAGAUGGGACGGGUAGUUUUUUGUGUUACUCAGUGUUGCUAGUAAGAAAGGAAAGCAACAAAGAGGGGACUUUGGCAAAGGAAAUCUUAUGGGUACACUGAAGCAGCAGAUCAGAAUUCAGAAACAAGAGCAAGAGCUGAAAUGUGAUUCUCUGGUGCUUGGUGUUACACUCAUCGCUACGAUAGAACUGUGUGGGGCACUCACAGGAGCUCUGUUCUGAUCAAGGAAUCUGCUAAAAGACCAUGCAGCCGCGGAGCCCAGCAAGCCACCGGGAAGUUUUGCCGGAGCUGAUUUCUAGGGGAUUUUCUGGUGCCUAGGAGAAUCCUGCUUGCCUUGAGCUGUAUGGAGGAGGGCUCGAGUUUCCCAUGAGGGGCCCCCUUGGAAAAGCCGUCUUGUACAGAAUCCAAGCUCUGCUUCUCUCUGUGUGCAAUUUCCAAAAGGCUUUUCUCACCUUUGCUGAUUUGCUGGUGUGACUUUCAUGCACUGAGUCCUGUGUAGGGAUCCAGGAUGGAUUGCCUGUGCAUUGUCACCACAAAGCAAAACCAAGGCAGAUGCCCAGCCCAGAAUUGUUCAGUGGAAGCCCCUGCUUGGAUGCCUGUCCAACACUGUACUAAGUAUCGAUAUCAAGAUGAGGAUGCUCCACAUGAUCAUUCCUUACCUCGACUAACUCAUGAAGUAAGAGGCCCAGAACUCGUGCAUGUAUCAGAAAAGAACCUCUCUCAAAUAGAAAAUGUGCAUGGAUACGUCUUGCAGUCUCACAUUUCUCCUCUGAAGGCCAGUCCUGCUCCUAUAAUUGUCAACACAGAUACUUUGGACACAAUUCCUUAUGUCAAUGGGACAGAAAUCGAAUAUGAAUUUGAAGAAAUUACACUGGAGAGGGGGAAUUCUGGCCUGGGCUUCAGUAUUGCUGGGGGGACAGAUAAUCCCCACAUCGGAGAUGAUCCUGGCAUAUUUAUUACGAAGAUUAUACCAGGAGGUGCUGCAGCAGAGGAUGGCAGACUCAGGGUCAACGAUUGUAUCUUGCGGGUGAAUGAGGUUGACGUGUCAGAGGUUUCCCACAGUAAGGCAGUGGAAGCCCUCAAGGAAGCGGGGUCUAUCGUUCGGCUGUAUGUGCGUAGAAGACGACCUAUUUUGGAGACCGUUGUGGAAAUCAAACUGUUCAAAGGCCCUAAAGGUUUAGGCUUCAGUAUUGCAGGAGGUGUGGGGAACCAGCACAUUCCUGGAGACAACAGCAUUUAUGUAACUAAAAUUAUAGAUGGAGGAGCUGCACAAAAAGAUGGAAGGUUACAAGUAGGAGAUAGACUACUAAUGGUAAACAACUACAGUUUAGAAGAAGUAACACAUGAAGAGGCAGUAGCAAUAUUGAAGAACACAUCAGAGGUGGUUUAUUUAAAAGUUGGCAAACCCACUACCAUUUAUAUGACUGAUCCUUAUGGUCCACCUGAUAUUACUCACUCUUAUUCUCCACCAAUGGAAAACCAUCUACUCUCUGGCAACAAUGGCACUUUAGAAUAUAAAACCUCCCUGCCACCCAUCUCUCCAGGAAGGUACUCACCAAUUCCAAAGCACAUGCUUAUUGACGACGACUACACCAGGCCUCCGGAACCUGUUUACAGCACUGUGAACAAACUAUGUGAUAAGCCUGCUUCUCCCAGGCACUAUUCCCCUGUUGAGUGUGACAAAAGCUUCCUUCUCUCAGCUCCCUAUUCACACUACCACCUAGGCCUGCUCCCUGACUCUGAGAUGACCAGUCAUUCCCAACAUAGCACCGCAACUCGUCAGCCUUCAGUGACUCUCCAACGGGCCAUCUCCCUGGAAGGAGAACCCCGCAAGGUGGUCCUGCACAAAGGCUCCACUGGCCUGGGCUUCAACAUUGUAGGUGGGGAAGAUGGAGAAGGUAUUUUUGUAUCCUUCAUUCUGGCUGGUGGACCAGCAGACCUAAGUGGGGAGCUCCAGAGAGGAGACCAGAUCCUAUCGGUGAAUGGCAUUGACCUCCGUGGUGCAUCCCAUGAACAGGCAGCUGCUGCACUAAAGGGGGCUGGACAGACAGUGACGAUUAUAGCACAAUAUCAACCUGAAGAUUACGCUCGAUUUGAGGCCAAAAUCCAUGACCUACGAGAGCAGAUGAUGAACCACAGCAUGAGUUCCGGGUCCGGGUCCCUGCGAACCAAUCAGAAACGCUCCCUCUAUGUCAGAGCCAUGUUCGACUAUGAUAAGAGCAAGGACAGUGGGCUGCCAAGUCAAGGACUUAGUUUUAAAUACGGAGAUAUUCUCCAUGUUAUCAAUGCCUCUGACGAUGAGUGGUGGCAAGCCAGGAGAGUCAUGCUGGAGGGGGACAGCGAGGAGAUGGGGGUCAUCCCCAGCAAACGGAGGGUGGAAAGAAAGGAACGUGCCCGUUUGAAGACAGUGAAGUUUAAUGCCAAACCUGGAGUGAUUGAUUCGAAAGGGUCAUUCAAUGACAAGCGUAAAAAGAGCUUCAUCUUUUCACGAAAAUUCCCAUUCUACAAGAACAAGGAGCAGAGUGAGCAGGAAACCAGUGAUCCUGAACAACAUGUUUCUUCUAAUGCCAGCGAUAGCGAAAGUAGCUACCGAGGACAAGAAGACCUCAUUCUUUCCUAUGAGCCUGUUACAAGGCAGGAAAUAAACUACACCCGGCCAGUGAUUAUCCUGGGGCCCAUGAAGGAUCGGAUCAAUGACGACUUAAUAUCUGAAUUCCCUGAUAAAUUUGGCUCCUGUGUGCCUCAUACCACGAGGCCAAAGCGAGACUACGAGGUGGAUGGCAGAGACUAUCACUUUGUCAUUUCCAGAGAACAAAUGGAGAAAGAUAUCCAAGAGCACAAGUUUAUAGAAGCCGGCCAGUACAAUGACAAUUUAUAUGGAACCAGUGUGCAGUCUGUGAGAUUUGUAGCAGAAAGAGGCAAACACUGUAUACUUGAUGUAUCAGGAAAUGCUAUCAAGCGAUUACAAGUUGCCCAGCUCUAUCCCAUUGCCAUCUUCAUAAAGCCCAGGUCUCUGGAACCUCUUAUGGAAAUGAAUAAGCGUCUAACAGAGGAACAAGCCAAGAAAACCUAUGAUCGAGCAAUUAAGCUAGAACAAGAAUUUGGAGAAUAUUUUACAGCUAUUGUCCAAGGAGACACUUUAGAAGAUAUAUAUAACCAAUGCAAGAUUGUUAUUGAAGAGCAAUCUGGGCCUUUCAUCUGGAUUCCCUCAAAGGAAAAGUUAUAAAUUAGCUACUGCGCCUCUGACAGCGACAGAAGAACAUUUAGAAGAACAAAAUAUAUAUAACAUACUACUUGGAGGCUUUUAUGUUUUUGUUGCAUUUAUGUUUUUGCAGUCAAUGUGAAUUCUUAUGAAUGUACAACACAAACUGUAUGAAGCCAUGAAGGAAACAGAGGGGCCACAGGGUGGGACAGAAAAGACAUUGCAGUGUGAAGGAAGGCUUUGGUUUGCUCAAAGUGCCAGGUGUAGGGAUGAACCUCUGACGGGCUUUCUGCCCAAGAGAUGAGAGCCUCCUCACCCCAGCGGAUGUCCAGAGCUGAUUUAGCUACAGAGCUCUCUGUGUCUUUUGCUUUAAAGAGAAAUUGCCAGCACUCGAACCUCACCAACCUUCCCAUUACCCACAUCUGUAAUUGGUACACUUUGAAUUUUAUAACUAUGCACAUCUUUUGAUUUCUUAACAAGCAAAUGAAAGAAAGAAGGAAAAAAAGAAAGGAGUCCCUUUGGAGACGACAUAUCUCUCUGGGAAGGAUAAAUGUGUAGCUAUGUUGACUGGCAUCUGCAAAGAUAAGCAUUUCAUAAAAUUUGCAAGUGAAUGGAGCACUAACCUUACAGACAGGAGGGGAUUCCACCUGGGGUUAGCUUUAUGAUUGUCGAUUGCCUAUUUUGCCAUUUUUAAACUGAAAGAAGGCACUAAAGAUGAGAAUAAUUUAUACAGUAAAAAUAUAUUAAAUGUAUAGAAACAAAUUUCUAUAGGUUAAAAAGUUUUGUGAAAUAUUUUGUAAAGACUAAUAUUGAAAGACUAAAUGUAUGCAGCAUCAGCAGAUGAUCAAAUUCAAGAACUGAAGGUUGCACUCUCCCUUUUGUUGCCAAUGAUCCAUUAAGAGCAUCUGAGUUCCUUUCAAGUCUGACAAAGACUUCUUCCUCACUUACCUCCCUUCCACAUUAGUGAUACACUCUCAUGGAGCACAUACCUUAAUGAGUUGCCUUCAUGGAUAUUUUGGGAAGACGUUUGGUUUAUGCAUUUUUUUAAGCUGAUGGCUUUUCAGAGACAAACUUAUGGAAAUGAUCUAAAGGGAGUUUUUGCUUUUCUCUAGUUAAAUAGCCUGAGCCUGCCAUGCAAAUAGUUUAAUAACUUUGUUCCUAGCUGCUGACACACAAUUUAUAAAGGACCGUUUAGCAUUUUGGCCAAUGAUGAGUAAUUAGGAUUAGUUUUUGUUUGUUUGUUUAACAGAGUAACUGAGAGUUUUGCAACAGCCAGAGACGGUAUUAGAGCCCAUGGGAGAUCUGUUCCUAGAUGCACUAUUUCUUUGAGGAAGAGAGAGAAGAGAAGUGACUGCUUGGGGGUGAGGGGCGCAGACUGUUUUAUUUCUAUGUACAGAGCAAAGAGAUAGAGUCACAAGGAAAGACAAUUAAUGACUUUGAGCUCAACCAAUUGAACUGCCUUUCUUGGAGCUGCACUUGGACCAAGUUUAUUUUUUAACAAUUAUAAUAAUGAUGAUUUUAAAAAAAGAAACCUCCCAAAGCCUAUAAACUGAACUAGAAGAGUUAGUUUCCCACUUUAGAGCGGAUGGCGACAUCAGCAUUGCUUUUGUCCAUGGUGUUUAGAGAGAGACUUUUCAGUGAUAAUAACCACUCUACUCUGGGUUCUGUGCAUUCCCACACUAAGCCCCAUCGCCUUAUUUCUGGGGUACAUCCAGACCUGGCAGGGAUUCUGCCACACUGUGCAGCAAACCAGCAUGUAGGCUGGGUAGGAGAGCAAGAGACAGAGCCAUCAGAGUGAUGGGGCUUCUUCCCAGUAAGAACAUCGGAGCUCAGAAUGAGAGUCUCUUUCCAAAAACAGGCAUUGUUCAUCUUACACUAAACAUCAUUGUCUGCCUGGCUGCAGUCACCAAAACAAACCCCAAAAUGCAAAAUCAUGCAUCUUCCUAUAGUCUUGAGGCUGUCUUUGCCAAUGGAAGGGCUAGCAAUGAAUUUUCCCUCUCAGGAAAGUUAAAUUUCCAGAGACUUCCUUAGAAUGCUCAAAAUGUUACAGAUAUGUCCAUGUCUGCAAUUCGCCAGUUUCAGGCCAAGGCCUACUUUCAUCAAUAUUGCUCCCAGAAGUUUUCUGCCACCAGAAUGCCAUUCCUGAUCCCAGCUCUAUUUUUAGGCCACCAUGAUAACUUCUUUGGUUUCUCAACUGAGCAUGCAACCAUUUAUUUAAAAGACUGUCAUUAAUGAGUAGAUGUUUUUGCGGGUCGUGUGAUGUGCUUUUCCAUUUACUAGUAUUGCUGUGGCUGAGUACAAUCAAAUUGAACCACCAAUCCUUGGUUUUGUAGUAAUAUAUUUAUUUUCCUAGUGUAGAUGCUUUCAAAUUAGAAUUGGCAUUUGCACUGAUUUUUUAUGUAGAUUUAUAUAAAUAUAUAGAUACAUAUAUAUUUGCUUGAAGAAUCACCAAGCAAAUUGGUGAGACGGUCUUUUCCUAUAGAAUUUACACCUCCAUUUGUUGUGUUGUCUUGCACUUCCCAAUGUUGAUGUCUCUAUGGCUCCAACGAACUGGUGUAUUUUGCAGCAAAUCUGAUGACAUGUAUGGAAAUGGCAUGAAAGUUACCCAGAUUACAUCUGGUGCAAAUGCAUCCGGAGCCUGGGGCCAGACUGGUGCUAACACUGCAAACUUUGUCCAGAGCUCUCUCCAACCUGAAGGCUUGCUGGGGGUGCCAUGUCACCUUCACACAUGCUGGGCCCUUUCAGAAAAGUGCCAGAUCGUGUCACUGGUGCUAUUUUUCAUGCUCUGGUACAAUGUGUAGCACCACGGGGGUCUCAGCUUUACCAAAAUCAAAAUUUCAUUUGUCGGCUAAUUGCAGAGGCAUUUCUUUUUUGCUCUCCUCCCACAGAAUUAUCGGCCAUUUAUUUGCAGGCCCUUUGCGGGAUUUCUUGGCUAUUUAUUUGCAGGCCUUUUCUCCCAGCCCCAGAUUCUUGGGUUGGCUCUGUCUGCUUAAAGAGCCUGUUUUUACAAAGCCGCACUCGGGUGCCUGUGUGCGCUGUCUCAUAUCCUACUGCCAGCCCUUCAGGACUCCGAGCCAGGAAAGAACUCUCUAGCCCCUGGCUCAAGACCCUAUUUGUUUUCUCAUUCUUUUCCUAACUCUCCUCCUUCUAUUUCUGACUCAUUCCAUCUCUCUCUUUUGUUUUCUUUGUUCCUCUACUUUUCCUAUUCUUCCUCCCCAUCAUCUCUGAGUUGUUGACUUUCUCCUAUAAUCCUUCUCUAUUUCUUUUCCCUUUUUGUCCACCUCUCCUUUAGUCUCUAUUUCUUUGCCCUUCUUAUUUCUUUUUUCCCUUCCUUUCCUGUCCCUUCUCCUCUCCUCGCAUCUCUGAUCAUCUUCUCCCGCACAUCCCUGUAUUGAUUUCUCUGUCCUCUAAAGGGCUCAUGGCUUACUCAGACAGCAAGUCCAUGCACUGGACUAAUGACACAAAUACUUUGGGUCGCCGUUUCAUCUACUCAGCCCAGAAAGCAAAGCUGAGCAUGAGGCCCUGACCUGGAGCAUGCUCCAGCCCGCCUCCCAGAGCCAGCCUGCACCGUUGCCCUGGCAGCGAUGAUGCAUGUGCUGUGGGCCCUGCCGGCCCUGGGUGCCUCUGCCUGAACGCUGCUCCUAAGUGAGCCUACCCCCAGCACUACCGCAUGGCUCUGAGGACACUUCCUUUCAAUAAAGGCAGCCUCUGGCCCCAAUUAUUCUGAUAGCAAACCUCUUCCUCCUCAUUGAAGCCAUGCCAUCACCUUGGUUUGGAGAGAGACAUUUUUUUCCCAUUCAUAAGCUUUCUUUUUCCCAUUUUCAUGUGAAGCCCCCUCUGCUUUUCAGCUGGUGGUUGCUCUGGUGAGACUGAAUGGACUUGCUGGUGAAAUGAAAUACCUUCUUUCCUGUCUUGGUCCUGCCUAAAUUCGUACAGAUAUAUUUAAGCCAAGGACUCAGGCUAGUUCCUAAGUUGAUCACAUUAAUUUGUCACUCCUAAGGGGAAAAAGAUCAACUCCCUUGAAGCAUGUGGAGUACCUCCUGUGACAGCUGACUUGCCAGGGGACUCCCUACAGAAUUCUGUGAUAGACAUUUUACUUCUGUGUAUGGAUGGUAUAUACAGUAUGUAUACCAUGUACACACAGGUUACAUUGAGUAUGAAUGGCUGUGGAUGGAAACCCACACACACACUCCAGUCUGUAAAUAUCCUUCCUCACUGAAACCUGUGCUUUGGAAAUCAUUUCUUGUACAGCUGUGCAGUUUCUUGUAACAGCUGAGGACAAAGCUAAGACAGGAGGACAAUUUAGACAAAGAUCAUCUAAAGAGUACAGUAUCUCCCUAGCAACUCAUGAGGACAGACAACCAAGUGGCUAGGUUGACUUCCAAUGGGAUGGCAGACUUUUCUUCUCUCCUUUUUGAGUUUGUGUUUCCUAAGUGUUUCUUAACUUCUGAGUGCACCAGGCUGUACCCGUUAGAUCCUUUCAAUAUGACAGUUUUGUGCUUCUCUCUGACAGGAUGUUUCUCCAUCGAGCUGUAGUGCAGGAUGGGAGGGAGGCGGGAAUACUCCUUGCCUGGGCUGGAGUUUACAGAGACACUGCACAGCUUACACUCCUGUUAAGUGUAAAUAUUCAACACUUCCAUUCCAUUUGUGUAAAAAAUAAAGCACACACGAUUAUAAAAUCAAGAUGUAUAUUUCAUACUCAGUGUGUCCGUGCAUAUUUAUUGCGUUUCUAGUUGUCAGCAGUGGGUGGUCCCAUUGUAAAAAUGCCUGAGAGUGUGUUUAUAAACAUGUCAUGGUUUUAUUAUAUAAAUAUUAAAACAUUUUAUACUUUAUAGCAAA